AUGACAGGUAAUAAGACUGUUGACAAGCACACCAAUUCAGCUCAAGAACGUUCUACAUCGCCUCAACAAUUUCAACAUGAGGCAACUGCUGCAGCAGCACUGACUCAUGAACAUCCAAGUGGUGUCUGUGAGAUCCUACUUAAUCGUCCCAAAAAGCUAAAUGCUUUUAACACCGAAAUGUGCGAAAUUAUGAUUGAAAAGUUACUGGCGUGGGAAAAGUUGGAAAGCAGCAAGGUUAUUUUUGUCAAAGGCAAUGGUAACAAAGCAUUUCGUGCAGGUGGUGAUAUCAAAGCUUUGUUAGAUCUGGAAGAAGCUGGUCGUCACCAUGAGGCAGCCCAUAUUUUCUAUAGGCACUGUCAAUUGCAACAUUUGAUAGGCAGCUUAAAGAAGCCAUAUAUAGCCCUUAUGGGUGGUAUCACGAUGGGCGCUGCUGUGCGCUUAGCAAUGAAUGCUCCGUUCCGUAUUGCUACAGAAAACUCGGUCUAUUCCAUGCCGGAGAACAUCAUUGGUCACUUUAACGAUGCCACUCAGCGUUUGCAAGGGCCGGAUAUAUUUUAUUCCGGCAUUGCGACACAUUAUGUCCCAGCAAAAAGGAUAAACGCGUUGGAAGCUACCCUUGACGACCUUGCGGUACAAAAAGAAAAUACGUUGGACAAGGAUGAUAUCAAUGCAGUGAUCGAAAAAUUCUCAGCGGAAGAUAUAGACAAAGAAGAGAAGGCACCUGCAUUUUCUUUAGGUGGUGGUAUUUACGAAGCUGUCAAUCGGUAUGUGACUCGAACAAAACCAAAGUGGCAUCCACCAACUUUGGAACAAGUGGAUGCUAGUGAAAUGAAACGCAAGUAUUUUGAUGCACCCAUCGACACACCCUUGGUGCCUUUAAUAGACCAAGGAGGAACGUACAUGGAAUACCUACACACACGCUUCAUGUUGCCAAAAUGCUCUGAAAUCCUUCACGUGGCGAAUACGUUUGGCGGUGAUCGUGAACGUACCGUUAAACAUCUCAUAGACAAAUACACUGGCAAGCACGGCGUUAAAGCUAAAGUGGAUAGUUUAUUCUAA